CUGCUCAGUAGAGGUUUCACUUCGCUGCCAGCCAGGCAAGGUUACUUCUUGCUGACGACGACCGUGCUUCUACAAUUUCCAGUUAUACAGAAAGGUGAAUAGCUUUUCUCCUUUGCUAGUUUUAGCCGCGGGAGAUCUGUAGUGGAACUAAUCGAAACCCCUUUUUCCUGCCGUAUUGGACAUCUUAAAUCGCGAUAAGAGGGCAUGCGAUGCCCUUAGUUCUGUUCGUUUACGGAUUUCGAUUGCGCAAGGCGACCGAGCCAAGUGGAGCGCGUUCUCGAUGAACCUACCUAGAUUGGACGAGAGAAGUUUGACAGAAUAAUACGCGCACAUUCGGUGUUUAAUUGUUCAAUGGUGGAACCAACAGUCCCCGAAUGAAGCGAAUUUGAAGGUUGAGUCUAUUGUUCUACGUUUAUUUUGUAUGCAGUUUGAAGUGCUAAUCAAAACAUAUCCGCUCGGCUAUAAAGCAGUGACGAAAAAAAAAAUUAUGCCAAACCCGUACUAUGAACCAAAAGCGUAAAAUUACGGUCAUUUCUUGAAGCUGAUCGCGACGGUCUGAUCAGUCAGUGGUUGUGAGUAGAAAACAACAAAAAAAGGCAACGUAGAAGAUAAUCGAUUUUGUGCUGCUACCCGCGGGAAGACGAAGGAAUUCCAGUCGGAUCUGACCAUCAGCAUUUUUUGCUCCGUUUUCACUCGUUCGACGACGGUUGCUUUUGUGUUGGUGAACGAAAAAAAAAAUCGGGUUCGUCGCUGCCUACUUGGAAGACAAAUUCUUUUCGAGUCUGAUCGAAUGAAAAGUAGGCAAUGAUUUGUACGUGUUAAAUGACUUGGCUGAUUCAGAGGAGGCGAAAUUUAUUGACCCCGUUUUGUUACUGCAUGCUUCACUGAGAAAACGCAAUUUAAACUCUUGCGAUAGUGCAGUGAUUGGUCCAGCGCGUGUAUUGACUAAGUGACGUGAUAUUGUUACUGCAAGAGGUGACCUCAUCAAGAAAAAAAAUACGCGGCUAGGUAGGAAGAAACUCCGAAGAAGCCGUGGGUGACAGAAUUCUUAUUGGAGUUGCAACUGUGUGUACUCAAGGAGAAACUAGGCACCGUCUUGCUAGACCCGUGUCGCAAAGUGCAGUUAUAAUUUAUCUGAUGAAUUUUUCAACUGGAAAAUACAUUACGGAUUAAGAUUGAUUCACGAGCAGCCGACGUUGGAGUACAGGAAACUAAUUCUUUGAAGAAAUCGGCACGAAUGGUAUGGAAUUGCGUGCGAUGACCACCCCAAAACAGCAACGUGAGGACCGACGGUACUCGAUGCCACACGGAAUGCACGGAACGCUACCUCCCGGUAUGGCCGACGAUCUGCACGCUUGGUCCAUCUAUAGACAAAACCUCAAUUCAGACUUCGCUGACUCAGCCCUCGGAUCGUCAGAUAAAUCACCUCAACCCUACAGCCCUCAGCACCGCAGCAACGGAUAUCGAGACGAUCCAGCAAUUUCAAACCACCCUCGCUACGGUGGUUCCAAAUCCAAUCCAUUGAACUCCAACAUGUACACCUACCUCAAAUUUGGAUUACCACGGGUAUUUCCACCGAACGGUGGUCAACCAAGUCGCAAUAGAAACUCAUCGAAAGCGAACGGCCGCGGUAGGGUUAAUCGAGGCUACCGAGAUAGUACUGGGCCGGGUCCCGGAUCAUCCGGGUACGAUAGUAGCGAUAACGAAACUCACCGGGGUAGAGUGCCAGCUAAUUUAAGAAAAUACCGCAGCGAAUCAGACUUCCGUGCAAUCGGUGCGACGAACUCGCGACCAAACUCUCGUGCACAGGGCAUUCCGCUGGCAGCGUUGAAGCAGGCGAACAGCCGUGCCAGUAUAGCUGGCACCCACGUGUAUAAUCCGUAUGCCACCAACCUGCGGCAUCACAAUCUUCGCUCCCAGAGUGAAGCGGAUCUGCUGGCGGAGUGGGAUUACGACGAUUCUCCGGCGUAUGGUGAAACGCGACUUUAUCCGGAAGAAAUUUACAACACACAGAGUCGAAGGCAUUCGAUAGCGGGUCUCGUUUAUCCCAAUAUUCAGGUGCACUGCUUAGAUGUGUUACCCGGGCUACGGGGUGUAUCGUUGCAAGCCAAGGCCGGAGAUUUGUUCGCCAUUAUGGCGACAUCACAGCGCGAAGGAACAGCCCUUGUUGAGGCAUUGGCCGGCGUGCGGAAACGCAUGAGCGGAGAGAUUCUGGUCAAUGGACAGCAGGUGAAUAGGCGUAUACUUCGACAGCUUUGUGGGUACGUGCCGGAUCUACAAACAGCACCGCUAGAUCCACGAAUGAGUGUCCAGAGUACGCUGUCAUUCCAUGCUGCACUGCGUGGCCCAUAUGACCGCAGUGACCUUAAGGAACGUAUCGAUAUCCUCGUGGAAGACCUUGGUUUGACUGCUGUCAGGUCUGCCAAUGUGUCCCGUUUGACUCAUUCGGAAAAACAAAGACUGAAUGUAGCCUGCCAAUUACUAACGCAAUCAUCUAUAUUGCUGCUUGAUCAGACCACUGUGAACAUGGACAUCUUCGACACGUUCUUCCUUGUCGAAUAUCUACGGCAGUGGUGUAGUGCCGGCAGAAUGGUAAUCAUGACGCUGCAGCCACCAACGUUCGAGAUUCUGUCGAUGUGUUCCGGUGUACUGCUACUGUCCGGCGGUAGAACGGUCUACUCCGGAAGUAGAGCCGAUCUACCCAGGCAUAUGGGAACUCUUGGAUACCCGUGUCCACCUUUCAAAAAUCCCGCAGAUUACUAUUUAGAUUUAGUAACUCUGGACGAUCUGUCAGCAGCGGCUCUUCUAGAAUCAUCUGCCCGAAUCGAAUCGCUAGCCAACUCAUGGGAUCAUGUAAAUUCUGAACCACCGCUCGCUGCUCCUGUUGCCAAUUUGCCGGAACCUACCAAAAGUGCAGGAUUUUUCGGUCAGAUAAACGCGCUUGCUAAAAGAUACAUGUCCUACAAACAACCAGGAUCACUGUUGAAUUGGAUAAGUCGACUUAUUCUAGCUGCCGUAUUAUCCCUAUUCGUAGGAUGCAUCUUUUGGGAUGUCCCAACGUCCGAUCCACAGCUAAAUCUGAACGAUCGAUUAGGCUUCCUCCACUGCAUCAUUAUGCUUGCCCUUUGGCCAUUACUCAUACUCCAAAUCCGUGAUGUACAAGAAGACCGACGGCACGCGGAGAAAGACCUUCGUCUGAGCCUAUAUGGAAGAUUUCUCUACAUCAUUAUUCAAACUACACUCAGCGUUUUGCCAAGCCUUUGCAUAUGGUUGGCGUAUUUGUUGCCCGCUCAUAGCAUGGCUGGUCUUUAUUCGUCAUCGAGUAACAAUGACACUGCAAUAUACUUAUACAUGGGAUACAUGUUACUAUACCUCAUGGCCAUACAAACGAUAGUGUUAUUCAUUGCCCACCUGGUGUCGUGUGGAAUCUCCGCAACUAUCCUCACCUCCUUGGUGCUUCUCUUUUUGUCGGCUGUCGGGGGCUAUUCUAUACACUCCCGAAACGUUCCGGACUACCUUCUGUGGGGAGAAGUUGUGUCACCCGAAAAAUGGAUCCUGCCAUUAUUCACGGAACAGGAGUACAGUCCGGAAACGCUUACUGCCCUCAUCAGUCACCAGAUGUGCCGCAAUAAGCAAGUACAGCAUCAGGAGAUCAUCGUUCAACAACCGUGCCCACCACCGAACGGAACCGCCGUGCUGGUUGACCACAAGCUACUGGCACGGGAUCACGUCCUCGAUCCGACCGAUAUGUACUCCUCAACGGUACUGGGACUGCUGCUUACCUGUAUAUUGUUUUUCGCGCUCACCAUGAUCGUCUUCCUGUUCAACUGUCAGAAGCUCUUCCGGCGACAGUCCGAUCGUAGACAGAAGCGUGUCUAAGCUACCGUCUAAGCGAUAGGGGCGCCGCAAUAAUCAAUUGUACUAAAAAGAUUCGAAUUGUAAUCGGUUAGAAGCGCGAAAGAUAGAGGUUUUAGUUGAUUUUUAUUUAAUUGAAAUUACUAGAUGGUACUAUUUUGUAUGUAUAAGAAUGAAAGAAUGAGAUCGAAAGUAAUCUAUUUAAGACUUUUAAUCGAAUGUUUUAGAAAAAAAAAACAAACACAUCACGCAACAUAACAAAUUAUAAACAAGAAAGAUUAAACUACAACAACGGCAAACACAUGUCAAUAAGUUGAAAAUAUAUUUUUUUACAAAAAAAAACUAUUGUUAACGAUUAUGGUCAUUAAAUGAGAACGGAAUAAAUGCAUACACAAAUUUCAAUGUUAUGCUGAAUGCGCUUAGAUAAA